GCAGCCGAAACGGGUAGCGGUAAAACGGGUGCAUUUUGCUUGCCCGUUUUACAGAUUGUAUGGGAGGCACUUCGUGAUUCGAUGCUUGGCAAAACCCAUAAACCAGCAAAUUUGGUCGGUAAGCAUCUUUAUUUUUUGUAUUUUUGUAGAUUUACGCGAUGGUGUUUGAAUGUAUACGAUAGAAACGAUAAUCUGGCUGUUGAUCCGGAUGGCUUGUUGUGUCAGAGUCGUGACCCAAAAGCAUGGAACGGAGCACGCUGCACACGUGGUGUUCUUGGCAAAGGUUAUUAG